AAUCUUGGACAUUAGGGAAAAUGCAUAUCUGGUAUUUGAGUUAAGAAAAACCUUAUCUGUUUAGCUGUUACUUGAUUUUUUUAAAAGCACCUAAUUUCAGUCACUUUUUUUGCAAUUUUUUUGGGAUUUGUUUGGUUGUUUUGUUUGUUUAUUUUUUUUAAUUGGGUGUGCAAAAUUAAAGGUAUUUGAAAAAAUGCUGCUGAAAUUUAAUUUAUACCACACAGGAGACAAACUGGAUUUAGUUUGAGAUUUUGUAAAAUGCUUUGUCAAUGAACCACAUAAUGUAUUAAGCAGAUAUAUCCAUGCAUAUUAAUGCAGGAUUGAAUACUGGAAGCACAAGCAGCAGGAGAAGGUUUAUAGAAGGGACAAUGGAUCAGGCCAACACACUGCUUGUUAUCCUCUGAUUCCCCACAAAACCUUUCCAGAAAGUUGGAUUUUACCUUAACAUGGGUGUGUCCUGGAUUCCACCUUCUGAGGAGAAAACCUGUACUGGUUCUGGAUACCACUUACUGAAGAUAUGAGUUUUUCCCCUCACAGGCACCUUUGUUCUCAAAAAGGGAAAUGGAAGAACAUGGUCCUUCACUGAGUUUUCCUCAUGGGCACCUUUAUAUCCCAAAGGUGAAUGAAGGAGCAUCUUUUCCUCCCACACUUUUCCCCUCAUAGAUACCUUUACUCCCUAAAUGGAAAUGGAAAGUCAUCUCUCUCCCACACAAAGCUUUUCCCUCAUGGGUACCUUUAUUCCCUGAGAGGGGAAUGGAAGAGCAUUUACUUCCCACUCUCUUCCCCUCACGGGCAUCUUUAUUCCACAUAAGGGGAAUAGAACAGCAUCUCCCUCCCUCCCGCGCCAAGUUUUCCCCUUAUGGGCCCCUUUAUUCCCCCAAGGGGAAUGGAAGAGCCUCUCUCUUCCACCCUCUCUCCCUCCCGGGCUUUUUUCCUCACGGGCACCUUUAUUCUCCUAAAGGAAAGGGACAAUAUCCCUCCUGCACUGAGUUUUCCCCUCACGGGCACCUUUAUUGCCUAGGAGGGGAAUUGAAGAGCAUCUGCCUUCCUCACACGCUUUUCCGCUCACGGGCACCUUCAUUGCACAAGAGGUGAUUGGAAGACCCUCUCCCUCUCUCCCGUGCUUUUCCCUUCACGUGCACACUUAUUCGUCUGGGUUGAGUUUUCCCCUCGCGGACACCUUUAUUCCUCAAAGGAGAAUGAAAGAACAUCUUUCCCUCCCACACUUUUUCCCUCACGGGCACCUUUAUUCUCCUAAGGGAAAUGGAGACUAUCCCUCCCGCGCUGAGUUUUCCCCUCACGGGCAUCUUUAUUACACAACAGGGGAAUGAAAGAGCAUCUCCCUCACGGGCACCUCUAUUCCCCCAAAAGGGGAAUUGGAAGAGCAUUAUCAUUCCUCAGGGCCACCUUUAUUCCUGGGGCGGGGAAGGGACAAGGCUCUCUCCGCCUCACACCGAAGGCUGAGCGCUGCCCGCAGCCGCAUCGCGCGCGCGCGCGCGGGGCGCGAGUCCUGCAGCGGUUUCGCCGCGGCACCGCCCCUUUCUAAUCGCGCCGCCAUCCCCGAGCGGCGGCGGAGGGAUACCCGGCUCCGGGCGGAGGGAUCCUCACGCUGAAGCCGGCUGGAGAGCCGGGAGAGCGGGAGGCAGGCAGGGAGGGAGGGAAAGAGGACGAGGAGGGGGCGAGCGAUGCGGCGCGGCCGCGCUGGCUGAGGCGAGAAUCCCAGUAGCUAGGCAGCCUCCCUCUUUUCUUUCCUUCCUUCCACCCCUUUGCUAUGUAGGAAGGGAGAGGCAUCAAUGGAAAGGCUGAAAUACGCGUAGAUGGACUUUCGGAUGCAUUUUUUCUUGAAAGAGGAAGAUAAAUCCCGCUAGCCAAUGCACUGACUUUUGUUACUGUUGCAUCGCUUGGUAAAAAUGGGGUUCGCUCACUCCAGCUGAGCCCUUGGAGCAUUCCAGAGAGUUGCUGCAGUGGAGGAAUUAUCUUUAUUUUUUGCAUUAGAGGAGCUGCAUUGAUGUUAACCAUUUUUUUGUAAAAUGGAGAACGAGAUCUUCACACCCCUUCUGGAGCAGUUCAUGUCGAGCCCUCUUGUCACCUGGGUGAAGACAUUCGGACCGCUGGCUGGAGGAAAUGGGACCAACCUGGAGGAAUAUGUGGCCCUGGUGGAUGGAGUGUAUCUAAACGAAGUCAUGCUGCAAAUCAAUCCAAAGUCUGCUAAUCAGAGGCUAAACAAAAAAGUAAACAAUGAUGCAUCAUUAAGGAUUCAAAAUUUGUCUAUUUUGGUGAAACAAAUAAAAACUUACUAUCAGGAGACUUUGCAGCAGUUGAUCAUGAUGUCUUUGCCAAAUGUGCUAAUAAUUGGCAAAAAUCCUUUUUCUGAACCAGGUACUGAAGAAGUGAAAAAGCUCCUCCUGCUUUUGCUUGGUUGUGCAGUUCAGUGUCAGAAAAAAGAAGAAUUUAUUGAAAGAAUCCAAAGUCUGGAUUUUGAUACCAGAGCAGCUGUUGCAGCCCAUAUUCAGGAGGUAACUCAUAAUCAGGAAAAUGUGUUUGACCUGCAGUGGAUGGAUGUCAUUGUGCUGACACAAGAGUAUGUUGAGCCCCUCCUGAAAAAUAUGGCAUUGCAUUUAAAAAGACUUAUAGAUGAAAGAGAUGAGCACUCAGAGACCAUCAUCGAGCUGUCGGAGGAGCGGGACUGUCUCCGUUUCCUGCCGCAUGCGUCGGCAGCACAGUCCCCGUGCGGCUCCCCUGGCAUGAAGCGCACCGAGAGCCGGCAGCACCUGAGCGUGGAGCUCGCUGACGCCAAGGCCAAGAUCAGGAGGCUUAGGCAGGAGCUUGAGGAAAAGACUGAGCAGCUGCUUGACUGUAAACAAGAACUGGAACAGAUGGAAGCUGAACUGAAGAGACUUCAGCAAGAGAACAUGAACCUGCUGUCGGAUGCCCGUUCUGCCAGGGUGUACAGGGACGAGCUGGACGCGCUCCGGGAGAAGGCGAUCCGUGUGGACAAGCUGGAGAGUGAAGUCAGCCGCUACAAAGAGAGGCUCCAUGACAUUGAGUUCUACAAAGCCAGGGUGGAGGAGUUAAAGGAAGACAAUCAAGUGUUGCUAGAAACCAAGACAAUGUUGGAAGAUCAAUUAGAGGGGACUCGAGCCCGUUCAGAUAAACUGCACGAGUUAGAAAAAGAGAAUUUACAACUAAAAGCUAAAUUGCAUGAUAUGGAGAUGGAGCGUGAUAUGGACAGAAAGAAGAUUGAGGAGCUCAUGGAGGAAAAUAUGACCCUAGAAAUGGCUCAGAAACAAAGUAUGGAUGAAUCUUUGCAUCUUGGCUGGGAGCUGGAGCAGAUAAACAGGACCACUGAACUUUCUGAAGUGCCCCAGAAAUCAUUGGGCCAUGAGGUGAAUGAGCUGACAUCCAGCAGGUUACUGAAGCUGGAAAUGGAAAACCAAAGUUUGCUGAAGACAGUGGAAGAGCUGCAAAGCGCAGUGGGCUCUGUGGAAGGCAGCAGUUCGAGGAUUCUGAAAAUGGAAAAAGAAAACCAAAGACUUAGCAAGAAGCUUGAAGAGCUGGAGAAUGAAAUUAGCCAAGAGAAACAAAGUCUUCAGAACAGUCAAAAUCAGAGCAAAGAUUUGAUGAAAGAAAAAGCACAGCUUGAAAAGACACUUGAAGCACUUCGAGAGAACUCCGAGCGACAAAUUAAACUCUUAGAACAAGAAAAUGAACACUUGAAUCAAACUGUGGCUUCUCUAAGGCAGCGCUCACAAAUCAGUGCUGAGGCGAGAAUGAAAGAAAUUGAAAAGGAAAAUAAAAUCCUCCAUGAGUCUAUCAAAGAGACCAGCAGUAAGUUAAAUAAGAUUGAAUUUGAAAAAAAACAAGUCAGGAAGGAACUGGAACACUACAAAGAGAAAGGGGAGAGGGCAGAAGAAUUAGAGAGCGAGCUGCAUCGUCUGGAGAAGGAAAAUGAGUUAUUACAGAAGAAAAUCACUAACCUAAAAAUCACUUGUGAGAAGAUUGAGGCCUUAGAACAAGAGAACUCUGACCUGGAGACGGAGAACAGAAAGCUGAAAAAAACCUUGGAUAGCCUGAAAAACCUCACUUUUCAAUUAGAAUCCUUAGAAAAGGAGAAUUCCCAACUCGACGAAGAAAAUUUAGAGUUACGGAGGACAAUUGAAUCCUUGAAGGGUACAAGCAUUAAAGUGGCACAGUUACAGUUAGAAAAUAAGGAGCUGGAGAGUGAAAAGGAGCAGCUCAAAAAAAGCCUUGAACUGAUGAAAGCCUCUUUUAAGAAGACUGAACGCUUGGAAGUCAGUUACCAAGGCCUGGACACGGAAAACCAAAGGCUACAGAAAGCCCUGGAAAACAGCAAUAAGAAGAUUCAGCAAUUAGAGAGCGAAUUACAAGAUUUAGAGACUGAAAAUCAGACCCUGCAAAAGAACUUGGAAGAGUUAAAAAUCUCCAGUAAGCGCCUGGAGCAGUUGGAAAAGGAGAAUAAGUUGUUAGAACAAGAGACUUCUCAACUGGAAAAGGACAAGAAACAGCUGGAAAAGGAAAAUAAAAGGCUUCGACAGCAAGCAGAAAUUAAAGAUAGUACGUUAGAAGAAAAUAAUGUCAAAAUCAGUAAUCUGGAAAGGGAAAAUAAAUCCCUCUUUAAAGAAAUCGUUGUAUAUAAAGAGUCUUGUCUGCGCCUGAAAGAACUGGAGAAGGAAAACAAGGAACUGGUGAAAAGAGCUACCAUUGAUAAGAAAACCCUGAUCACUUUGAGAGAGGACUUGGUGAAUGAGAAAUUGAAGACUCAACAGAUGAACAACGAUCUAGAAAAACUGGCCCAUGAGCUUGAAAAAAUUGGCUUGAACAAGGAGCGUCUCCUGCACGAUGAGCAGAGCAGUGAUGACAGUAGGUACAAGCUUUUGGAGUCCAAAUUAGAAUCCACCCUUAAGAAGUCUCUGGAAAUAAAAGAAGAAAAAAUUGCUGCUUUGGAGGCUCGUUUGGAAGAAUCAACAAAUCUAAACCAGCAACUGCGUCAGGAACUGAAAACAGUGAAGAAGAACUAUGAAGCUCUCAAACAAAGACAAGAAGAGGAAAGAAUGGUUCAGAAUUCUCCUCCAAGAAGUGGAGAAGAAAAUCAGUCUGUCAAUAAGUGGGAGAAAGAAAAUCAGGAGACUACUAGAGAAUUAUUGAAAGUUAAAGAUAGAUUAAUCGAGGUGGAGAGGAAUAACGCGACGCUGCAGGCAGAGAAGCAGGCGCUGAAAACGCAGCUCAAGCAGCUUGAGACACAGAACAACAACCUGCAGGCCCAGAUCCUGGCCCUGCAGAGACAGACUGUGUCGCUGCAGGAGCAAAACACAACUCUGCAAACACAGAAUGCCAAGCUGCAGGUGGAGAACUCGACACUGAACUCCCAGAGCACUUCGCUGAUGAACCAGAACGCGCAGCUGCUGAUCCAGCAGUCGGCCCUGGAGAACGAGAACGAGGCGAUGCUGAAGGAGCGCGAGGACCUGAAGGGGCUCUAUGAGGCCCUGCUCAAGGACCACGAGCGCCUGGAGCAGCUGCACGAGCGCCAGGCCGCCGAGUACGAGUCUCUCAUUACCAAGCACGGCAGCCUCAAGGCUGCUCACAAAAACCUGGAAGUGGAGCACAAGGACUUGGAAGAUAGGUACAAUCAACUGCUGAAACAGAAAGUGCAGCUGGAAGAACUGGAGAAGGUUCUCAAGACAGAGCAGGACAAAAUGCUGCAGCAAAGUGAGAAACAUGAAACUGUGGCAGCAGAAUAUAAAAAGCUUCGGGAUGAAAAUGAAAGGCUCACUCACACAUAUAGCCAGCUCCUGAGGGAGAAUGAAGUACUCCAAACUGACCACAAGAAUCUGAAAACAUCACUGAACAAUUCCAAACUGGAACAAACACGGUUGGAAGCCGAGUUUUCCAAACUCAAAGAACAGUACCAGCAACUGGAUAUUACAUCAACAAAGCUAAAUAAUCAGUGUGAGCUGCUCAGUCAACUUAAAGGAAACCUGGAGGAGGAAAACAGACACCUGCUGGAUCAAAUCCAGACCUUAAUGCUGCAGAACAGAACAUUACUGGAGCAGAACAUGGAAAGCAAGGAUCUCUUCCAUGUAGAGCAAAGGCAGUACAUUGACAAACUAAAUGAAUUGAGGCGGCAGAAGGAGAAACUGGAGGAGAAGAUAAUGGAUCAGUAUAAAUUUUACGAGCCAUCUCCACCAAGAAGAAGGGGCAACUGGAUCACCCUGAAGAUGAGGAAGCUGAUCAAGUCCAAGAAGGACGGGAACCGCGAGCGCCUCAAGUCGGUGACGCUGACACCCACACGCUCUGAGUCCAGCGAGGGAUUCCUGCAGCUGCCCCACCAGGACAGCCAGGACAGCUCCUCCGUGGGCUCCAACUCCCUGGAGGAUGGGCAGACCCUGGGCACCAAAAAGAGUAGCAUGGGUGCACUGAAAAGACUGCCCUUUUUGAGGAACAGACCGAAGGAAAAAGACAAAAUGAAGGCCUUCUACCGUCGCUCCAUGUCCAUGAAUGACCUGGUGCAGUCCAUGGUCCUGGCAGGAGGACAAUGGACAGGUAGUUCUGAGCAUCUGGAGGGUCCUGAUGAUAUAUCCACGGGUAAAAGGAGGAAGGAAUUGGGAGCUAUGGCCUUCUCUACUACAGCUAUCAACUUUGCCACUGUCAACUCCUCCACAGGCUUCAGAUCCAAGCAGUUGCUAAAUAAUAAAGGUAUAGAUACUACAUCCUUUGAAGAUGUAAGUCCACAAGGUAUUAGUGAUGAUUCUAGUACAGGAUCAAGAGUUCAUGGAGUACAGGACUUUAUCUGUGCAGAUGCUCUUGCUCCUCCUGUCCGUGGCAUUCCAGCCCUGUGCAGGGUUCCCUGUCAGAUCUGUUCUUCCAGACCAGCCAGCCUUGAUAGUGGCAGGACAUCCACUAGCAAUAGCAAUAACAAUGCUUCACUCCAUGAAGUCAAAGCAGGUGCAGUGAACAGCCAGAGCAGGCCCCAGAGCCACAGCAGUGGGGAAUUCAGCCUGCUCCAUGAGCACGAGGCCUGGUCCAGCAGCAGCAGCAGCCCCAUCCAGUACCUGAAGGGCCACACUAGGUCCAGCCCUGUGCUCCAGCACAGGAUGCCCGAGAUGCCAGAGAGUCGUGGCAAACACACCAAAACGGGCUCCCCUGGCAGUGAAGUUGUCACCCUGCAGCAGUUCCUGGAAGAAAGCAACAAGAGUAACUCCAAUGAGAUGAAAUCUGCAAGUGAAGAGAACCUUUUAGAUGAAGUGAUGAGAAGCUUGUCUGAGUCUGCGGAGCUGGCAGGGAGGGAGAAGCUCCGAAAGCAGCCAGCGGCUGGCUGUGGGAUCGUGAGAUCCCUGAGUGUCAGAAACACAGUUGAUUUCUCAGAUGGACGAUCCCUUAAACCAGAGCAGCUGGUAAGGCCCAGCCUCCGGAAGACUGAAGAUCUCUACUUGAGUAGCUCUCCAAUCAAAUUAACCCCCAGCGCCCAGGGGAAGGUCCGGUCUGUGAAAGAAAAGAUCCAAGCAACUGUGACCCAGCGACAAUCCCGGGACUGCAACCCCUACGCCACCUUACCUCGUGCCAGCAGCGUGAUUUCCACGGCAGAAGGAACCACGCGAAGGACAAGCAUUCACGAUUUUUUGUCUAAGGACAGUAGGCCGCCCGUGUCCGUGGAUUCAGCCCCGGCCCCGACUGACAGGAGUGCUCCGCCCACCUCCAGUGAGUACUCGGCACUGCGGGUGUCCUCUCCUUGUGUUCAGUGUGUGCCUGGCAGGGGGGAGCACGGCCCGCUGGGCGAGGCAACUCCCGCGCUCACACCACAUCACUUAGGAGGUAACUCCGAGCUUCCCAAGCCUUCCAGGAUGGAGAGGCCAGGUUGUCGUGAGAGGACUUUGCUGAGCGCAGGUGUGUUCUGGGAUAAAGCCGGAGGAUCUGGGAAUGGCAGCGCAGGCUCCUUCACUGCGCCCCAGCCGUUUUUAUCCCUCAACACCGAAUUAGUCAGCAAUAUCAGUGGAUUGCCCCUGAGAUCCACCUCCAAAGCAGCUGAUCAGGCAAACGUCUCGGCGUUUAGGUCAGUGCUGAGGAGCCAGGAACAGCCUUGUGCUGCUCCAAAAGCUCCAGGUGACCCGCAGGCAGCUCCGACCAGGGACCCUGUCCCUGCCUCCAGCGCUGGCGAGGCCCAGUCCCCACUGCUGGUCUCGGAAGAUAACCAGACCCUGUGGUAUGAGUAUGGCUGUGUAUGAAGGAAAGUUGUGUUAUUAAAUAUAUGUGUCUAACAUGCCAUCCAUGUCCACUGGAUGAUGGAGAAAACUUCUCUCCAAUGAAAGAAUCAUUCCUGAUUUAUCCACGGGGUAGUUAUUCCCUGCAAAUGGUGGCUGUGGACUGUGGCAUGUUUGAAUGUGGAAUUGUAACCCCACCAAAGUCUGCAUGAAACAUUAAUUGCACUGUGUAUAUUUUGCAUGCCUUUAUAAUACAAGCUCUAUUUUUAUUUGUUACGCAUUGCAAAUACUUUGGUGUUUUCCUGUUGGUUACUGCUGCAUGUUAAACCAAGCGCAUGCCCAGAAUGGCGCAGGGAACAGCAUUCCUGGGACAAGGACAGCACUGGCAGUGGCACUGCAGCUCUCAGGGCUAUCAGUAACACACUGAUCAUCUGCUUGGAGGGAAAAAACCCUUUUUUCCCCCCCUCUUCUUUCAGAAAUGAGGUACUAAUGCAAAGAAGCAUUUGGAGAGAUCUCAGUGCCUUCUUACCCUUUUCAUCUAUGCCAUGUCGUGGCAUAAAUGCAUGAGGAACAAGUGCCCAAUAAUCCAAACAAUUCAGUGGUUCUAGUUUGCACAGUAAACAUUUAUUACUGUUCAUACUGAGUAAUAAACACACAGACCAUUCAUAAUCCUAAACAGAAAUGAUAAUUCUCACAAAGAGGUCAUAAAUUAGGGACAUGAUACACAGCACUUGUCAUGAAAAAAUGACCUUUUCCACCUUUUCCCUUUGGUCUGCUUUGUCUUUCCAGUCAUGGGUACAACUGUGGUGAAGUGUUUGGUUUUAUCAGGGGUCAAAUAACAGGCUCCUUGUGAUGUAUAGGAAUGAAAAACUGUCUGGUGUAUGGAGUAUGGUGGAAAUUCAUUUUUUCUUGUCAGUGGAAGUACCAGUGAUAUAAUAGAAAACAAAUGGUGUAACAGAAUAACAGAAGAUGUUAAAUUAACACGAUUAAAUAAAAGUAAAAAUACCAAAGUUGCUUGCAAGGUUAUGGGAGGAUAUGAACACAUCAGCAAAUAACUUCUUAAAUUCCGGUGAGCAGCUAAAGAGAAAUGUUGAAAAGUAAUUACUUGAGGUGCCACUGUUUCUGCAUGUGCUUGAAACUUGCCAAUGGUAAAUUUAAACAGUUUAAAAUUGUAUCAGAUUUAACGUGUAAUUACACAAGGCUUUAGACGUGAGCACUUCUUUGCAAGAGGAUAUUGGUUAUGCCAGUUGUGGGAGCUAGAAUACAUUAUAAAAAAAUUGACUGACAGUAUAGCUAGAAGGAAAAUAAUAAAAAUUUAAUAUGUAUAUUGAAAACAACAAAUGUCACAUUCUGUUUCGUAUAAUUGCAUUUAUUCUGCCAGCAGUUUUGUGACAGCCACAGAACCACUGUGUGGGCUGAACUUUUAAUUUCUUAGUGCUUAAUUAGGGAGGUGCAGUGAGUCCAUAGCUCCUAAGGGAGAACAGCGGAUAUCCCAUGUGGCAGUCUGGAAGGACUCUGUUGUAUAUGGGAUGGGAAGCCCUGCAUUUCAGGAGCAAGGGGAGGAUAUUGAAUGUCUGUGGAGAAUAAAAUGGCUGUUUCAGGAUGUGACACAGGCCUGCCCCAGGUCUGCACCACUCAUUGUUAUUGGGCUGAUAAAUCUCUCACUUUUUCCAGUGCUGGGCACAGUGAGUGGUCAGUUGUUGCUGUGUUCCCUCUGGAACUAUCUCAGCAGCAAAAUAAUGAGAAAUCUGAGAUAUAUAAUCCUAAUUUCACACAUAGAGCGAGACCGGUGUUCUGGUCUUGGGUCAUGCAUUUGACUUCACUCCAGUUCAUCUGUAGUUGUGUUGGAGGUGAAGAGCGCCGGUAUCCCAAGCAAUGUGUGCACAAGGCAUUGUGAAAGUUAUUUAAGGAAUUACAGUCCUAGCUCUGAGAGCCCUUAAUACUCAUCCUGUGCUGCCAGGGUCUGGCUUUUCUUCCCUGUGCCCUGCAGAGACACUGGUCAGAACGAGAUGUGUAGCUGCUUUAGAUCAACUGUGGCUGCUGAAGUCUUGGGUGUGCUGUUGCCUCCUCCUCUUGCUUAGGUCCUUAGACAGUCACACCUACAAAAAACUUUCAGUAUUGUCCCCAGCUUCCCUCUUAAAGCCCAAGGUCUGUGGAAUAGCCAAGCAUGAGUGUCCUGGAGCACUAGUGUCUCAAAUCCGCUUGAGUUGGAGACUAGCCUUGUCCGGCUCAAGCCACUCUGCACUGGUUUAUAAAUUUGCAAUGAAUUGCAUUUCAGUUCUGAGGAGAAUAACUUGUUUUGCUCCACUGAGUUAGGCAGCAGCAGAAGUGUUCUGCAAGAGUGUUUAAUGGCUCUGAAUAAUGACUUAUCAGCAUUUGUUUAUUACAUAUGAAAGAAAGAAAAUGUCACGGAUGGACGGAUCUUUUGUUUUCUCCACUCUUUGGUCUUUAGCAAGAAGUUCGUGGAUGUCUAUGUUCAAACAGUGGAAGGUUCCAUGGAAUUCUUUCCAUUCCUAAUCCCUGCUGCUCCUCAGCCAUGUGCAUGGCAGGCUGUGAAACACAUGAAGCCCUUACGCAUUCCUUAGUUCCUGCUGGCUUGGACAGUGCUAAGUUAGGGCUUUGCAUGAUACUGAUAAACACGAGAUAUGUGACUGCUGCCCAGAAAGGUUUUGUUGUGCAGGCUCAGUCGUUUGCUCACAGCUGAGGUUUGCCUGGCUCAGGAUUUGCUUGAUGCUUUGCUUUCAGUGACUGGUGAAUUCAGAUGCUGUGUUUUGCAUGUUCAGGGUGUUGCAUGCAAAGACAGUUUUGUGGAACUGAGUGGGAAUGGGAAGAGCCAGGAAUUCUGUUGGUAUGCAGCAGGUCAAAUACAAUGAAGGAAGUUCUCUGCUAGGGUCAGUCUGUGAUUCCACCUCAUUGUUUUUCUUUGCAUUCAUGCAGAAAUGUAGGGUUGGUGUAGCUAAAGGUGACAUAUCUGACUGUGGCUUUAGGAAUAACACCUGGCUGUUGUAAAUGCUGAGAUGUCAGUGAGUGUAGCUGAGCAGGCACUUGCAGCGAGUUUCUUCUGUCCCUCUCCUCUGUCCUUUCCUCUUGAAAACAACCAAAGUGUUUAUUUAUCCUUUUGCUCUCCUAAUGAGUUAGAAUGUGUUUUAAUGCAUGAAGGGGUUUUUUCAUGUCCUGAUAAACACAAUGAAUAACUUGAAAUGCUUUUCUCUGCAGAUGUGGAAGCAAUACCAGAAAGCAGAAAUUCAAAAAGCAGGUCUAGGGAGCAACAAAGCUCCUAAUUCUAUUACCCACUACCUGAGCUGUGGGCCAAGUGGUGAGUUUCCUGCCCAACCUGUAAAUGAGAUGAAUUUCAUUUACAACAAACUAACAGCAUUCCAUCUCAGCCCCAAAGCACAUUGCAUUAACCAGAUGUAAAUCCUGCUUGCUUACCUGGCUUCUCUCGCGCUCGCUCGUUAGGCCGGGGCCAGUGGCUCUCCAGAGCUUCUUGCAGAGGCAGGGAACCUCAUCCUCCUUUGCCUUUUGCCUGUAAAAAUGAUCUAUUAUUUUUCCCAUCUUCUGAAGAAGAAAGCACAAAGAAAUCCCAAUAAGAAAUGACACUGAAGUCAGUUUUUAGAUAGGGACAGGUAAAUUUGAAAGAAUAGUUGAACAAAACUCAAGAGGAUUUAGAACCCCACUGAAUCUGCCUUUUUAUAAAGCUUGGUUUUGGUGUUCUGUCCUCUUCUCGACUUCCCUGAGCCCCUUUGGUGCAUGCUGUUAGUGCUUUUAGUGACUGAACUCUGUGUGUUGUGCCUCUACACCUGAAGCUUUUUCUUACAUUCUUUUCUCUUUCUGCCUUUCGACUGAACACAGAGAGAAAAGUGUCCUUCAGUAUCUCAGUGUGAAGCCUUUAUAUCUGAAGUAACAAGACAGCGGCUGUAGGAAUCAUUAAUAAAAAUUAAGGGAAUUUUUUACAUUCUUCAUGACUAGAGCAGGCAAGAAAUAAAAACCUACCUACCUUCCUUUCUUCCUUGAAUCAAGGAGCUCUACUGGAGUCUACUGCCGAAAAUGUGUAGAUGGUCUUAGGAAUUAUUGCACAUUGCACUGUUAAGAUCUACUGAAUAAAGGACAGUUCUCAUCUCCCUAAGGACCAAGGAUUUUAAGGUCUCAAGAAUUACUCCAGGGAAAAAAAAACAAAACAAAACUUCUUUCGUCUUCUGUUUUUGAAAUUAGCCGUUGAUUUGCUUAAGCUUCUAAUAAUUAGCCAAAAAACCCAAACUAGCAGUUUCUAUUUACUUCUGUAAAUCUUAAGGAAAUGCUGUAGAGUUUUGUUGAAAUGGACUGUAUAUACAGAUACAAAAACCUCACAGCUACUGGCACUUCACUGCCUUAUUUGGUUAGCAUAAUCUGCAUGAAAUUGCUCUUAAGAAAGUUUAUGCUCAUUUUUGUUGCAUACUGCAAGAGAAAAUUUUGUUUACAUCCAUGGAAAAGCUCGGCAACUAACAGAAGUGGGAGUCAUGGGAUAAUGGUAUUAGAGAGACACUGUUUGUCCUUUGUGUUUUUCGCAUUCCCGAGUUACUCUGCAUAUGUAUGUUCAGAUUUUUCUGACAGGAAAUUGUCGGGUAUGGUUUUCCUACAACUUUUAUUUUAGUACAAGGCUGUUUUCCACAAAUGCCAUUUCCAGGAUAAGACUGUCUUACGAUGUUUGUGUAUUGACUAAAAUUUUUUUUUUUACUGUUUGUCUUUUGACGUGAGCUGAUUGUGGCUUGGGAGGUUUCUUGAUGGCAAAAAGAAAUGUAAAUAAUAUCAUAUGCAUUUUACAAUCAGUUCCCUCUAAGGUUAUCUUUUACUAGAUACAUUUUGUUCAUUAUUGAUUUAUAUUAAAAUCAACAAAUGUUAUUGGUA